GUUGCAGUCAUAUGCGAGGCCAUUUCAAAAGGAGAUGAUCCGUACAAGGUUUUACUGUAUGAUCGAAAAGAAUAACUUGGAAAAUGUGCUGACUGAACUGUACACUAGUGUACAUUGGAAGAAAUUUGGGUUCUCCAUGUACUGCGCUCUGUACCCGUCCGUAGUGAGAGACGCACGGACGAACAUCAGUUUGCAAGACUUCAUUGACGAUGAUGGGCCGGAGUGGGCGGAGCGUAUUAUUGAGCGCAUGACGGAGCCCUCUUGGACGAUGGGAUGGGUGCAGAAAAAAGUGCGCGGUCAUGUGACAGAGGAGAAAUACAACACGGCGAUGAACACACUGUUCGUGAAAUUGCACAUGUUGGACCCGCAGUCUGUCAUUCCGACCUUUCAUCUGCUGAAUCACAUCCGAGCUCUCCCGGAAUGCAACCUAGAGCUGGCCACCCGGGACUACCUCGGAGGCCCACUGGACGCUGCGGCACUGAGCGCGCAUGCGCGGACGGCCGUAACAAAGGAGACCAUGCCUAGCAACGGCGUGUCGCGCAUGAGCCUCGACAAAAUCGAAGUUUUUUACGGCAUUGACGUCGAGGAGUUUAUAAUGACGGAAGCGCGUAAGGUCGGCGUCUGGAACGGGCGACGUCCCGACAAUAAAAGAACUAGUGACCUCCAGGAUAGAUGCAGCGUCAUGUAAUCUCGUGAUCAUAUUUGGCGGAUUCCGGCUCUCGUCGAAAAAAUGCGCACGCAUCCAGAUGUCGCAUCCGGAAAAAGC